AUGGCCCUAUGGCCCUUUCGCACACGGGGCGACAAGCGCUCUGCCGCCGCUGGAGAUGCCGCCUCUGGACGUAAGAUCGCAAGGGCGGCCUCCGUCAAACGAACCCGCGAUGCGCGGCGAUACAGCUUCUCGCCUGAUCGCCAAGAUGCAAUCCAAGUUGACCGAGCCAACCAAAACCAAAACGAGCACUUGACGGGGGAAAAUGCGCCUGCGCACAACACGCUCGGGCAGGACCGAGUGCCAACUUUACACCACAAGCGAAGUGGGAAUCAGCCUUCGAGGAGGAAGAGUAGCAAGCGGAAGAGACAAGACCACAAUAGAGAAGCAGAGAUCAAGGCCAUGAGCACCUUCGCACCCGCACGAGCGACCACCGAAACCUUCGCCACCGGUCGCAGUUCCAAGCAUGAUCACAAGAGGGCAAAGACCCUUCCGGCCAGGGCUCCUUGGGAGAGCCGCAAUUCGGAUCUAUCACUACCCAUCCCCAUGUCUAUCGAAUCCCGCAUGUCCUUCGAGUCUAAUUAUUCGUCUUAUCGAGUAACCGCCUUGGAUGCUCUCGCACCUAGGCCAACGCUGCGAUAUCAGGGGACGCGACUUCUCCCGUCCCGGGCUUCCGUGCCGACGCGAUCGGGCUCUCAGAGAAACAGACUCGCCGCUUUUGACGAGGAAACACUCAAGGCGCACAAGCGCAUCGAUGAGCUGGCUGACGACUUUGAUGCUAGUGAGCUCCGAGAGCUCAUGGAGAGAGAUGCGAGACGGCGUGAGAGGAACAGGCAGCGUGAGCGAGAGAAGGCAGAACGGAGAUUGGCACGAAGGGCAGAGAAGCAAAAGAUGGAGGAAGAAACUGCCAGAGAAAGGGGCACCCCGUCACCGGAAAACCUGGAACGAGGCGUCAUGGGCCGAGAGCUCGGUUUGGGCAUCGAUCCACCAUCAACGAUAGUGACGUCCUCCAAGCAGCGGACUUCGCCAGAGCCAAUGUCCGACGUUGAGGAGUAUGCUCCAAAAACGCCAAAGACACCACAGCCGGAACCCCUCGAGACGUUCCACCGAAUUGACACGGCGCCUCGCGAACCAGAACCUACGCCAGCCCCCGAGAGACAACGACAGGCUUCUGGCAAGUCAGAACCACGUGUCCCAGCCGUACCGCCUGCGAUUCUCAAGUUAGAGGGCCACGUGGUUCCCAAGACGUCGACGUCAGGAUCGACGUUUGAUUCCGACAAGGACAAGACGUCCUCGGCAAUGGAUGAUGACGCCACGACGCGGAAAGGAUCCGAGGCCAGCAGCAAGACAAACCGCAUAUCAUUCUCCACGCUGCUCAGAUGGGGAAGAGGCCGCCGCAGCUCUGGCGGACCAUCCUCAUUUUCUAAUACCUCUCGCGAAGAAAUGUCCGCGGUUGUGGCUGCAGCUGCAGCGGCCCAUGCUCAUUCGCAAGCAAGAAGCACCGAGUCACCCGUGUCAUCAUACUCGGGUAACUAUCUAUCGUCCAAGCCGGGUUCUGGCCCGCCAAAGCGAACACGCUCCCGCUUCCGAGAAGACUUGCCGGAACUUCCACUGUCUCCGCCUCGAUCACGCCUUCAGUCGCCUGAAGCAGACGCCUCUCUUCCAAGCGUCGCAGAGCACAAGCCUGCCGUCCCCGAACCUAUACAAAUCCCCACCUUGCGAGAUGACACUCCAACUUCUGGCCAUCGCUCGAUCGACAUCCCCCACGCUCGCGCCGCGAGAGAUAAAAUGUAUGGCAGCCACUCGGCCGAUCCCCAUCUUUCCAUGUCCCUGGCAUCUGUCGACUCAGAAGCAUCCUGGCUGUCGGGGCGGGUUGGUAGCCAGAGGAGCCAACGACUGUCGUCCGUACGUGAUAGGAUUCGAUCCCGCCAACAGGACCGAGACGCCAGACCAGAUUCUCCAAGCAACAGCGCGCACGAAGACCUCGAAAUCACCGAAGAUGACUACAUGUCACGCUUGAGCCCCGAUCCAACGGCUCUGACAUUCAACUCUCGCUUGUCAGGCGAGGGUCGUCCGAGUAGUGAUGGAGAAGAGAUGGUGGACGAAGGAGAAGUCAGGUGGGGCGCCGUUGGCGCUCACCCGCAGCUUGUUUCUUCGCAUACGCAUCACCGCGACACCAUUCGCAGCCGCGAAGGCCUGCUCAACAUCGACUCGGGAGACGAGGAAGACUUUGACGCUCCCAUCUCCCCCAUUUCUCCGAUUACCCCCAGCAUGGAUGAAAAGGUCGAUCUCGAGCGCGCCACAAGCGUGCGGGUGGAUCGGCACCACUCCCGCAACUUUAGCGCUGGAAGCGCGAAACUCCUGGAGAUUCACCCACGAGAAUCGACAGAUAACAAGAGGAGGAGCCAAGAGCCGUCCAACGGUGUGUGA